AUGAGAGAGUGCAAAAUUGUGAGAGCCGGCAUUCUUAUCAAAACUAUGAUGCCUUUAACUUGUGUCUUGCUUACUCUGGUUGUAUUUAUGCCAAGUCUGAUGACGGGAUAUAACCUAGCGUAUAAAAAACCGACUUGGCAGACACUUGACAAGUAUUCGUCGGACAAGGCAGUGGAGGGACUGUAUACUAAUCUAUCAGCAAUUGGAAACCAGUGCGCCGUAUCUUUUGCCUCGUCUGAAGUCACGUGGUUAGUUGAUUUAGAGACAAUAAACAGUAUCAGUAAGAUUGUAUUGUACCACGUGACAGAGGGAUCUACAUUUGCUGACAGCGUCUAUGCAAGCAGAUUUCUCGGUUUCUCCGUAUAUGUAUCAAACUCAACCAACAAGAAAGAUGGAGUCCUGUGUUAUCACGACACCAACUACACGGUAUCAACCAUUACGUCUAGGAUAGCCAUUGAGUGUAUUUCCCAAGGCCGCUAUGUGAUAUUCUACAACACAAGAGAAGGGAACUUGUCAUUGAAAAUUGGCUAUUCUGAUAAAGUGGAGAUUAGUUUAUGUGAAGUUGAAGUAUAUGGAUGUCCUUUGGGAUUCUAUGGCGGGGAUUGCUUAAAGACUUGCCCAGUUAAUUGUCACCAUUGUAACUACGAAUCUGGAAAAUGUCUCGGAGGCUGUCGCCGUUGUUUUUCCGGACACUUUUGUAAUUCUUAUGAACGAAUUAAUUUGGCAUUACAUCGUCCGACUUUUCAACUACAUACACUGUUUGACGGACAACCAAGUUCCAGACUCGUUGAUGGUAAAAAGAGUGAUCUGAGUAUAUACAACGGUCAAUGCACCUCUACUAAAAACGGCCAAACGUUUGUAAUGUGGAGGGUGGAUUUAGAAAAACUUCGUCGCAUUGAACGUAUUGUUGUUUACUCCAGAACGGAUAACAGAAUAUGGGAUGGAGAUAACCAAUUUUCAAAAAGAUUACUAGGAUUUUCAGUCAUUGUUUCGAACACCACUAACCACAAAGAUGGCGUCAUUUGUUUUCACGACCAAAUAUACAACAAGAAUACAAUACCAUCGGUGGUGGAUAUUCUCUGUUCCGUCGUUGGACGCUAUGUUAUAUAUUACAAUGAGAGACUACCAGGAGUCACAUACUAUGCAGAACAUAGUCAAUAUGCUUUUGCUGACCUCUGCGAAGUAGAAGUUUACGGUUGUCCUUUAGUCCAGAGUAGGUUUCAAGACGAGGCCUGCAGACUCAUGUGUCUCGAAAUGUGUAGGAAGGAUCUAGAAAAUCUCAGUUACAAGAAAAGAACUUGGCAGUCUGCGACAUAUUCCUCUUCGGGAACAAGCGAUAAAGCAGUUGAUGGACGAUAUACGUCACGCCAUUACUCAAGUGGACAGUGUGCUAUAUCAAAACCAUCAACACAAAUAACAUGGUGGGUUAAUCUGGGGAAAAUAUACACGAUAGACCAUGUCGUAAUUUACUUCAGGACCGAUAACGUACAGUGGGGAAUAAACAAUGGCUAUACGGCAGUUUUCCUAGGAUUUUAUUUGUACAUUUCGAACACCACCAAUCGUCAUGACGGAAUCCUAUGUCACCACGAUACAAAUUACACAAGAGAAACCAUUCCUGAUCACGUGUCUAUUGAUUGUCCUUGCCAUGGACAAUACGUCAUUUUUUACAAUGAACGUUUGCCCGGAGUUACCUACCCUUCCGGGUAUUCAAACAUGGCUUAUGGUGACCUCUGUGAAGUCGAGGUUUAUGGUUGUCCUAAUCCUGUGGUCGAAGUUCCUCAGUGUUCUAAACCGUGUCCAUCAAACUGUGAAGAAUGUUACCCAGUCACGGGAAUAUGUAUGAAGUGUAAACUUGGUUUUGAAGGCUAUGCUUGUGAAAGAGCCUGUCAAGCGGUGACCGACGUAAAAGUAUCGUUACCAGUUACAAUCGCCGGAUCAGCAUACGAAGCAUUGUUUUCAAGCAAGGGAUAUUCCUUUCCAGAACAGGGACACCACAAUAUGUCUCUUUUUUUGUCAUUAUCUGAACAGUCGACAAACCUUGUAAGCGUGACCCUCACAAUCCAUGGGGCAUCGGUAGUCAGUGUGUACUUGUUGGAUGGGAUAGGCUCUCUAAUCAGGAUGUAUGUCGACGAGUCUAUGGAAUCUGAGGAUGUAAAUGUCACAGUUGUAAACAACAUCAUUGCCGAAGUUCAUUCUAUUAUAAUAGAAGUUGUGUAUUACCAUCAACUUGUCAUCUCUAAAUUGAGGCUGCCACUCCGUAAAUGCUUCAACUAUAUCAAUAGCACGGUAAAUUUCUAG